ACCAUUCUCCCGGAUGACAGAAUGAACCGAAGGGGUAUAUCGACCUCGCCAACUUGUACUCCUAAAUAAAAAACGGAAAUCCGUUACCUCUGGCUCGUUCAGCCAUUCACAUGGGGAAAAUUAAUGAGGAAAGAAUAUGGUUUUGGGGUAAAGGCGGAAAAUAAAGUCUGAGGUUAGCACAGGUUUAGGAGAUCCUAUACGGUUUGUUCUAUGAGAUAAUAUCAGUCAGUUAAUAUGACCUUUAAAAAUUAUGAAGACUUUUAUGUGCUUUUUUUCUUCUUCAUAAACGCUUAAAAAUGCACAAAAAAGUGACGUUAGCUAUAUCCUAAGCCUGUGUUUACCACGUACCUUAUUUUCGGCAUUUGUCCAAAAACCCUACAAAAACUCCAUUCAUUUUGUACAACGAACCAUGGCGGAGUUGGUGCAUACAAAAAGACGCCAUUACUAUUUAUCUCUAUAACAGAGUAGGAUUUCAGAACGUGUCGUUCACUGAAGGCGCACCCGGUCAGUGCGCGUAGUUUGUUUACCAACUGCGCUGGCGCAAACUUGUCAAUAUUGCCAACCAGCAGGACUCAAACAAAGACGUUAGCCAUAAUUUGACAGCUCGACCAUGUCUGCCUCGGCCGCUAGAGAUCCUGUUGCUAAAAAGAAGCAUGUUCGUUUCGCUAGAAUGGAGGAGGAUGAUGAUGAUAACGAUGACCAAGAGGAAGAUACUCUGUUUGACAAGAGGAAAGACACGAGACGAGGGCUGAAGAGUGUAAUGAAAGGGAGGAAGAGAAGUUCGAAUUCAGAAUUCGAUGAUGAGGUUGAAAUCAUCGAUGGAGGUGGCAGGGCCAGCGGUUCUGGAGGCUGCAGCAGCUGGAUGAUCACCUUAGCGCUCUGUGCGUCAUUCCUCGGCCUGGGGAUGAGUAUCUCUGUCUUAGGCCCCACAUUUCAAGACCUUGCCAUCAACGUCAACCAGAACAUCAGCAACAUCUCCUACAUCUUCGUAGGCCGCUCGAUGGGCUAUAUAGGCGGCUCUGUGUUGUCCGGGAUUCUCUUUGACUGCAUGAACAGCCAUCUGCUGCUGGGCCUCUCCAUGCUGGUCACAGCGUUUGGGAUGUUUGCCAUCCCUUUCUCUAAGACGGCCCUUCUCCUCACUGCCCUGAUGUCCAGUAUUGGAGUUUCCAUGGGCUUUCUAGAUACAGGCGGUAAUGUCCUGAUCCUGCAGACGUGGGGGGAUCAGGCUGGCCCCCACAUGCAGGCCUUGCACUUCAGCUUCGCUGCUGGGGCCUUCGCCUCGCCCAUCAUCGCCAAGCUGCUGUUUGGAACGGACCUGGAUGUAGCUACAAACAGCAGCAUGGAAGCCUCGGUGGCAAACUCCACCUCCCCAUCUUUCACAGACCAUGUGCCCCAAACCGUGUCCUCUCCUACGGUUAUUCGCUUCGUCCACAGUAGCAGCACCCUCAAGUCCAUGUGGGCCUACGUUGUGAUCGGUGGUUUCAUCCUGUUCGUCUCCCUCGUCUUCUUCAUCCUUUACGCCCGCCACAGUCCCUCUAGUGGCAGGGCCCAGACCCCCUCAGGAAAACCCCUGGUGUCCAAGCACCACAACGCACUCAUCGCUAUGCUCUUUGUCUUCUUCUUCUGGUACGUGGGGGCCGAGGUGGCGUACGGCUCCUUUAUCUUCACCUAUGCUAAGGAUUACAUUCAUAUGGACGAGGCCCAGGCAGCAGGGCUCAACUCCCUGUUCUGGGGAACGUUCGCUGCCGGCCGGGGACUGGCCAUCUUCUUUGCGACCUGCAUGCACCCAGGCACCAUGAUUCUACUGAGCCUGGUGGGCUGCACCCUGUCCUCCCUGUUCCUCACCCUCUUCAACAGCAACAGGGUGGCCCUGUGGGUCUGCACUGGUGUCUACGGUGCCUCCAUGUCGACCACUUUCCCCAGUGGGAUCUCCUGGGUGGAGCAGUACACCACGGUGACCGGGUGCUCUGCUGCGGUGUUCGUGGUGGGGGCGGCCCUGGGAGAGAUGGUGCUGCCCGCCCUAGUGGGCUUCCUACUGGGAAGGAUCCAUGAUCAGCCCUUGCUAAUGUACCUGGCCCUGGGCACCGCCACCAUCACCUCCAUCCUCUUCCCCUUCAUGUUCUGGCUGGCCUCGUCCCCCAGCGGCCCCAGUAGGACACCUCGCACGAGGAGCCACAUGGAGCCUGACGACAGCGAGUACCGCCAAGCCUUGCUGGACUCGGGCGCCAAUGAUGAGGAAGAGGAGCAGGAGCAGCAGCGGGAACAGAAGCACGAUGACGAGGCCGACCAGUGGAAUGAUGCCGACUUCGAGGUCAUCGAGAUGGAUGACGCCAGCCUUAUGAUCUCUCCUAAUAAAGCGGCGCUCUCUUCUCCGAGCAAAGCGCUCUCUUUAUCUCCUAAUAAAGGGUUGUCAUCUCCUAACAAAGAGCUUCCACCACCUGAUGUUGCUGGGACAUCAGGGGACACCACUGCCACAUCUGUCCCCGCUACUCUCCAGUCCCUAGUGCCAACAGUUGGGGCCUCUUUCUCAGACUCUAUCUCUCUCCAGGGAGACUCACCCAGACGGAAACUGCUGCGUUCCCUGGACCGGCAGAAGAGAGACUAGGGGCUAGAUUCAGUCAGAUCAAGCAUUAACCGGCGAUUGCCGACACCCCCAUAGCUGGUGUUUUGGUGGUGUAUCUGCAUUAGAGCUGUCAAAUCGGAGCUGCUGCUCUCGUGGUCAUUGUCACAAAGCCAUACUCGUCCCACUCAUGUUAGAAGUCCAGAAUGAGAAAGUGUAGAUUAUGUAGAAAUAAUGACGCUCAAAUGUAAAAUCAUUAAACAAAAUUAGGAUUUCUAUCAGCCUAAUCGAAGUGUAGAUUUAUAUCUCACAUUCCACUAAACAACUUGUAAACACGAUGCAUGGGAUUUCUCUUAAUGCGACUACGUGCAGCCAAUGGCAAAAUCCGCUUUAGGUAUAAUGCCGGGAGCCACUUGUGGAUUUGACAGCUCUAAUGCAGUUCCACCUCUGAUACUCUGCCUGGGAGCCCGCGAUUCAAUCGGAUUAACAGUAAGGCCGGGAUUCAAUCCUAAAGCCAGGAUUGCAUCCGAUCGUGCUUUGUCUGCAAUGUACUUUUUUAAAGGCAAUUUCCUUGCGUUCAGAGACCACAUUUACAGUCAAUGCUGCAUAUGUCGAAAUUACCUUUAAAUUGUGCAUUGUCACGAAGUGCGAUUGGAAUGAAUACCGGCCUAAGGGCUCUAGUCUGGGAAAUGCGCCAUUACUCCAAGUGCUUUAAAGACGUUACUGUAUUCUAGAAGAGCCAUGGCUCUCUUCAGAAAAACUUGUUGAUGUCUGAUUGUCCGUGACUGUAAUCGGACCUGUUUAGUUUAACACACAUGUAAAUGUUUGAUACUACAGAUUUACAGUGCAAUAUAAUUUACCCCACUCCUACACAGCUUAUGUCUACUACAUCAUUUGAAGCUGUAUGCUGUGGUGGAAAUAGAAUUUGUUUCACAGUAGUGCAACACUAAACAUUUUUUUUCCUUUAGAUAUCCUAAAGACGUCAUUUUCUUUGUCAUAUUUAUAUUUAGUAAAUAUCUGAAUUAUCAGCUGUUAAAGAUAGGAAUUUUGAAUCAUUUGUUUUUGUCAGACCUUUGUUUGAAUAUAUGUCACAUUCACGUGCUAGUUGGAACUAGGCAACUCAAACAUGUUAGACUUGCUAACUCGUUGUAGAAAGAUGUUCCCGAGUUUCCCACUUAGAAAGUAUCAGAAUCAAGCCUCUGGGCUUGGGCAAAUUUUAUUAGUCACAUGCGCCAAAUACAACAAGUGUAGACCUUACAGUGAAAUGCUUACUUACGAGCCCCUAACCAACAAUGCAGUUUAAUUAGAUGUUCAGGAGUCUUAUGGCUUGAGGGUAGAAGCUGUUUAGAAGCCUCUUGGACCUAGACUUCGCGCGCCGGUACCGCUUGCAAGCAGAGAGAACAGUCUAGGACUAGGGUGGCUGGAGUCUUUGACAAUUUUUAGGGCCUUCCUCUGACACCGCCUGGUGUAGAGGUCCUGGAUGGCAGGAAGCUUGGCCCCAGUGAUUAACUGGGCCGUACGCCCCAACCUCUGUAGUGCCUUGCGGUCAGAGGCCGAGCAGUUGCUGUACCAGGCAGUGAUUCAACCAGUCAGAUGCUCUCGAUGGAUCAGCUGUAGAACCUUUUGAGGACCCAUGUCAAAUGUUUUCAGUCUCCUGAGGGGGAAUAGGAUUUGUUGUGCCCUCUUCACGACUGUCUUGGUGUGCUUGGACCAUGUUAGUUUGUUGGUGAUGUGGACGCCAAGGAACUUGAAGCUCUCAAUCUGCUCCACUACAGCCCCGUCGAUGAGAAUAGGGGUGUGCUCCGUCCUUUUCCUGUAGUCCACAAAUCUCCUUUGUCUUGAUCACGUUGAGGGAGAGGUUGUUGUCCUGGCACCACACGGCCAGGUCUCUGACCUCCCUAUAGGCUGUCUCGUCGGUGAUCAGGCCUACCACUGUUGUGUCAUCGGCAAACUUAAUGACGGUGUUGGAGUCAUGCCUGGCCGUGCAGUCAUGAGUGAACAGGGAGUACAGGAGCGGAUUAAGCACCCACCCCUUAGGGGCACAUGUGUUGAUGAUCAGCGUGGCGGAUGUGUUAUUACCUACCCUUACCACCUGGGGGCGGCCAAUAUCUAUUCCAUAUUGGUUCAACAGAAUUGAAUUAAAAUGACGUGUAAAUGAUGAUUCAACCAGUGUAUGCCCAGUGGAAACCACUACACAAAUAAGUUACAUUCAUUUUAUCUCAGAGGUUCCGAGUUUCCGAUAGCACAUGAACACAGCAUGUUUUUUUCUCUCACUUUUCUGUAAACAUUUUUUUUAUUUAAGUCUUGUGCUGUGAUGAAUUGUCUAGUAAUCUGUAGUUUUUCCAUUCAGAUGUGUGAUCUUUGUUAAAGUUGAUCACGUUUGAAUUUUUCUAUUAAAACAAAUCAAAUCAGCCAUGAAAAAUACUAAAACACAAAGACUAGAGAAUUUAAUACAUUGAGUUUUAUUAUAUCAAUCUUCAACCUCCACCCACAGCAAUGUCCAUUAAAAACAAAGCAAGAAACACUUCCUUCAUAUUUUUUGUUGUACAUUUACAUUUAUACAAAUACACAGAUCCUGUGUAUAGUUGUUUGGGAAAUAAUACAAUCCAUCUUGACAUGGGUAGAUGACAUAUGCUGUUUUAACAUGGAGAAAGCAUUAGAAAUGUGUACAAAACAAAUAUGCACAAGGAAAUAAUAUAUACUCUUGCCAUAAAUUAUCAAAAUACAGUAUUGCAACAGUCCCAGAAGUAAAAACUGAAAUUAAUACUCCCCCAUCCUCUUUUGAUAGGCAUUAGUGCCUCAGGGUAUAAUGAUAAUAUGCUUUUUCAUAA